GAGCCUGCAAAUACUUCAGGCCACCAGUGCAGGAUAUCACAGCGCUGAUGGUCUGCAUGCUCGUUCACAGUCUCUGCCGGCCAGGGGAGAUUUAAACAACCACAUCAGUGCGGCAGGUCGGUGUCCUGAAUUAACUGAGGUCGUGUGUUUGCAAGCUUCUAGUGCGAGAGAUUAUUUUCAAGGGAAACUAAUCCGGAGCUGCCUGUCUCUUUGGAUACUAAACUGUGGGAACCACCAUGAACGCCGUGCAGUUGACACUCUGGACUUCAAUACUGACAGAAUGUUGUUUUAAAAUCACAAUGGAAGAAUCAUCAGAAUUACGGCUGGAGAUGCCGCCAAAACGAACUGUCGCUGUUGGCAAUUCAGUCAUCCUGACUAGCAAGAUUUCCAUCCCCCAGGGAGCAGAACUUGCCUCCGUGACAUGGACCAAAAAGAGAGAUGGACCAAUAUUGACGUAUACCAAUUCUAACAUAUUUCAAAAACCUCAAUAUGAAAACCAUAUCGGCUUCAAAAAUUCAAAGCUGGCUGGUGAUGUCUCCAUAUACAUCAAUGACACAAAGUUGACCGACACAGAUACCUACACUUGCACAGUAGCCGUUUCAAUUCCAGGUGAUGGCAACAAACUUAUCUCUGGAGAAACAGUGCUGUUUGUACGGGUUCCACCUUCCCCUCCAAAGUGCACAAUUGCUGCUGGAAGCCAAUAUGUUGGCAGCAAUGUGACCCUAAGAUGUCACUCAGAAAAAGGUGAACCUGCACCCAAUUACUCCUGGACAUGGACGACUUCCAGGACAAAGCUUAUUUUACGCCGUGGCUAUUCUGUCAAACAGGGAAACUUGAUAUUGACCAACCUCAAUGAAACAAUGUCGGGAUUAUACACUUGCAAGUCUGAGAAUGAAGUAGGGAACGCAUCUUGUUCAAUACAGUUGGCUGUGGUAACCCCGAGUAAUGCUGGGAUCAUUGCAGGAGCCUUUUUUGGAGUGCUGUUUGGAAUAUGUCUGAUUAUUGCUCUUGUGAUUUGCUGCUGCAAGCAUCAGAAGAGGGAAGCAGAAAAAGAGGAAGAACCAGCUAAUGAGAUAAAGGUGGAUGCACAAGCACCAACAGGAAAUACAUGGGCUAAGUCUGGGAGUUCUGAUAUCAUCUCCAAAAAUGGUACACUGUCAUCAGUGAGUAGCACCAUGCAUGUUUACAAACCAUAUCCAAGUAAACCACCAUCAGAUGUUGCUUCGACCAUCACUGCAAUGGGUGUCAACGGCACAGGAAGUUACAAGCGCCCAAAUAAUCCCCGAAAAUCGGCGGAUAACGUUUCAGUAAGAAGCUCACCUGGGAAGUCAGCACCAUCUUAUGCAUCAGUCGUCAACACUCACUACUCUCACCCUCCCCCUGCUUGGCAGAAUGGAGUUCAGACACAGGCCCCCAGGCAGGGACCCAGAUUAUCCUCAAUGUCGCCAUCAAACCUUACCAGAAUGGGGGCCGUGCCAGUCAUGGUGCCAGCCCAGAGCCAAACAGGAUCACUGGUGUAGGAGCAAAUUGUGUCACCAGGGCACUUGGAAAUCCUGUGGUAACUUUGAUGACCAAAGAGUAGGACUUCAGAUGAGAGCAAUUUAUGGUGAAAUAUUACAAAUCGAGUAUUGGCUGUGAACAGUAUUCUGAAGUACCGUCAUCAGUUUUUGAAUGUUGCUCAACUAGAAACUCGAGAUAACCUGAAUUAAGAAAUUUAGCCCAAACACUGAAUGGAUGAGCAGACGACCAGUUCUUUCCAGGUCUAUUGGUUGUCACUCAAACAAUACUUUUGCUUGACACAAAAUCUUUUCACAGGAGCAGUUCUAACUAAUUCCAGUUUAUCGCAACACUGUGCUUGUAAUCUCUACAGCUUCUCUGUCGAAAUAUCAUAUGUGUUGAAAAAUAUAAAACUGCAGUUUUAGGUCUGCCCACACCAACUUGUCACACUCAUUAUUCUUCAAUGAAGAUGCAGACCAGUUUCAUCCAGUAGAAAUGUGACUUUUGGUUUGUGUUACAAAUAUUGGCAAUACACCUUCUCAUCUGGUUACUUUUCUUUUGCUCCACAUGAUUAUUUUUCCCUGGUUCAUACAACAGUCUUCAAUGAAACAAACUCAGGUGAUCAACUUCUCGCAAUACCUCGCCGAAGUGUUUUCUUCUCUUGGAUAGUGCAAGUAGUCAACCUGGGAGAUGAAACCUCCUUUGGUUUGUAAUUCCUUGGGUGUAGACGAUCAAAGGUUGACGUUGACUGAUUCAGUGAUACACACGGGAGAAACUAUUUCAUUUGUUGGGAGAAUCAAGAACCAAAGGAUGAAAUUUUAAUGUUUGAACCAAGACAUUCUGGUCAAAAUGAGGAAGCUUUUGUUUUUCACCCAGGCUAAUGAAAACUCUGCUGCUCAAUUCCCCAAAAGGCUGUGGUGUGGAACUUUCAAGACUCAGGUCAAUAGGUUUCUGUUAGAUCAUGGUAUCAAGGGGUAAGAAGCUAAACUGAGGAACUGGAGUUGAAGAACAGAUUAACCAUGAACAAAUUGAAUAGCAGAGCAGAAUUGAUGGGCUGAAUGGCCUCUUGCCAUUCCUUUGUUUGAUAGUUUUCUAUCUAUCUAUAGUAAACAGUGUUCCUAAAUUCUGGUAGCUCUCAACAGAAACAAAUGUGAGUUGAUGGAACUUGUUGCAAGGGAACGGGGAGAUCCUACUUUUAUCUUUCCAAGGUUUCUAAAUGAUUUGAUUCCAAAAUUUCCUGUCUCCGGUUCUUUUUGCAUUUAUUUUAUUUGUGAUUCUGUAUUCUGACGAGUGCAUUUCUUUUCUGUUCUUGUUUUCCUUUUAUCUUUGUAAUUUGUUAUAUGAGGUCUUAUAGUAAUCAUUAUAGCGGCAUGUUUCCUGUCACUGUGAAGAAGGAAAUUAAGUAAUAAUAGAAAGGAAUUUGUAAAACUCUGUCAGAGAUGCCACAAAUGACUUUUUCCUGACAAAAGACAUAGAAGAAACUAAAAAUGGACCGGGGGGGAGGGGGUACAAAGUUGCAGCAUUGGAUCGACUGAGUUGUUCACUAUAACAUUUAUUGAAGUUGUAGACAACAUAGAGUUCAAACAAUGUUAACACACCCAGUCUGACGCUAGGAUAUAGUAUGAAUAAAUAGGGCAGAAUAAAACCAGUGCAGGACUCACAAACACUUUUUUAGAAGAUUGUUAAUGGAGAUGACUAUUUGUAUAUUGUGAGUGCUUGUUGCUGUCCUGCAAUACCUCAAAUAUACAGUACUAUUGUGACUAGCUGAGGGUGGGUGAAGUGACUCCCCUCUUUUUAAACAUCCUCUCCAGCACAAGACUAUACCUGUAUUCAAUUGAAUUGUAGUUAAAUAAUGUCUGCAGUAGUAGUAAAAAAAAUUGCAAAGUUUCCUUGAAUUUAAAGCAAAUCAAGUUUAUUUGCUGUCAAUCCUGAGAAAAAUAAUAAAGCAUGUCAUCAAACAUAUGUGCUGUCGUUUCAGCCCUCACCCACGUACAGCACUAAUAUAUACACAAACACUCUCCAUAAACACACACACACUCUUAUACACACAAACCACAACACACACUCCAACCCUCUAACACACCAAAUAUGUGAAUACACAGUUUAGAGACUUUUUGAUGUUGUCCAUGUACAAAGUUUUAACUUGAGGCUGCGAUUGUUUAAUUGUUGUUUUAGGUCAUCAGCAGUAGCAAAUGUUGCAGUUAUCCUUUGACUUCUCAAUGUUCUUAUGUUUCUUUUUAACAUGUAGUGUCACUGACCAUUUUUUUUAAGAGAGAGAGAGAGAUAGAAAGAGAGAGAGAAGGUUCCCUGACCUUUCAGUUAUGCUUCUUUAAUACCCUGUGCCAAAAGCAGCUUCUUGUAAUAUCAGCCUGUGUGUGUAUUUCCAUGUCUGAGAUCAUUGUCUCCAAUGAUAAUUGCAGGUGAUGCUUUCAUUUCUUCAUGUGAACAUUCUCAAAGAUAUAACUCAAAGUAAGAGAUGAAGAUCUUUUACUCUUUGUUUGGGGAUGGGCUGGCUGGUAGAUUGUAUUGCCUUUGGAUAAAAUGUUAAUUUCAGAUUGGCUGUCUGUUGUCUAAUUCACAUUGAAAUUUGGCCACUUAUGGUCAGGUGAUGCCUAUAGCCAUUUCAAGUCAGUGAUUUUGGUUCGUUUAUCUAAAACCCUUUCAAUCCAUGGAAGUCCCUCAUACUAAGUCAGCAAUGAACUUCAAAACUCAAAUUGUAUAUCAUUGUGACAAUAUUCACAUACAAAAGAGACACCAAAAGGAUGUGAAUAUGCAGGAUGGCUCUUCAUUCCAUUUAAUUUGCUCCUUUCAGAACAUUGGCCCUAUCUUUCCACUGGACUUGCUUGAAUGAGUUCAGUUCCAAACCUAAGCAUUUGUCGUAAUGACCAUAUUCUUGCUUUUGCUCAUCUAUUUCAUAAUGAAAUUCUUACAGAAUCUGCAGGAAAGAUUCCAUAAGAGCCUUGUACAAAUGGUGCCAUUGGUUUCUGUUGGUGAAUCCACUAUUGUUCUCCUUCUCUGAAAGGGACAAAUCAUUUUGACGGAUUCUAGAAAAGGGCAUACCUGAUAAUAAAUUAAUUAAACCGUCAAUACCUUAUAACAACUUAAUCAAUCAAUGUACUAUCCUUUUUAGGCUGGAGUUAUCCUUGCAGACUUCUGGGCUUUAUCCUAUUGAAUAAUUGAUUUAUCUAAAUUUACUUUGUAAAUAAUGUCCUAAAAGUCCUAUGUAACUUUUUUAGCUCUCUAUCCUCAACCACCUUCUGACAGGUUAAUGGGUAACUGGAGAAGACCCCUGGAGGAUUUUGAUAUUUUAGCAGUAGGGCUGUUUCUGAAUGAAUGGCUUGAAGUGACCCAUCAAUGUCCACUUUGAGGUGUAGAAUAAUGGACUAACAUGACUAUCUAUCAGUCAGAAUUGACCAUGAACAUGAAGCAAGUGUGGCCCCAAGAUAUAAACCUUACAUCCUAUAAAAGACAUGGACAUUGUAGUAGCAUGUGCCAAUAUCAAAAGAAGCAUAAACACUUAGAAAUAACCACUGAUCAUUCUUCAUUUCAGAGAGAAAGCCUUCAUUCUAACUGGAGCAGUUGGUGUACCACUGUCCUCUAUUUAAGAGCACAUAGAGCAUUUCUAUUUCAAUUGCUGUUAUGAAACUUCUGACAUGCAUAUUGAUCUUGAAAUCAAUAAAUAUUUGAGCCCGAGCUGAACAAUGGUUUAAAAAGCUCAUGCUAAUUGUGAUUAUAGGAUCAUUUCACAAUUCUGUUUUACUCUAUUGCCUUUAUAAUCUUAAUUGUCUUCAAAAUGAUAACCUUUUUGCCUGCACCAAUUUCAUCAAGGGAGAGUUUAUUGAUCUAUUCCUGUACCAUCUCACAGUAUGGCAGAGAAGGAAAUUUAAACAAGCAUGCUCACUUUGACAGAGAUUUUGCUUUUCAUUUGCUGAUGGAAAACAUUGAAGUCAAUGGAAAGGGGCUUUAAUAGGCCGUCGACCUAUAGCUGAUGGAAUAAUGUCAUACCAAACUCCAUUCUGCUCUCUCAGCUGAAUGUAAACAAUUCAAUGGUCAUUAUUUCGAAGAAGAGUGGGGGAGUUCCAGUCAAUAUUUAUCACUCAUUAUCAAACAGAUGAUCUGGUCAUUAUCUCUUCGCUGUUUGUAGAAGUGGAUCAUACACAAAUUGACUGCCUCUUUUCCUGCAUUCCAACAGUCAUUACGUUUCAAAGGGCCUUUAUUCACUGUAAGGUGCAUUAGGACAUCCUGAGAUCAUGAAAGGUGAUAUAUAAAUGUUGGUUUUUCUUGGUGGUGGCAGGGAAUGAUCUAUCUCGUUGUUGUUGGAUUUAAGAUUUUGAAUUUAUACUUAUAAACAAAAGCAAGACAUUAUGAGUUAGAGAUUAGUCAGAAACUAAUGUUUAGGAAUCAGUCACAUCAGCUGCUUUUGAACUUGGAAUAUCUAGGUGGCUUUUGUAUUUAUCAACAAAUACUGAUGUGAGGGAACUAUUAAGCAGCUUGUGAACCGAGUUGCAUCUUUACAUGCAUUGUCAUUGGUAUACCAACUUCUUGAAAUUGAGCACUUAGGGGUCUAUUAUAAAUAUCCAGAUGACAUGAGAAGCCUGAAUGUCAAAUUUCUUUGAAGAGUGGUGUUAUAGAUCUUUUAAACUCAAGCUUUUUGUCAUGAUGCUGCUUUUUGAAUUAAAAGCCGUAUUUUCGAAAUUGCUUAUUACUUUGUUUAUUGAUACAUUUUAUAUCCAAUAGAACAACCAAAAGGUUAGAACACCCCAAGGAUUUGGGCUCUCUCAGCAAUCUGCUGUUUUCAAUUCUGGUCACAUAAUAUCGAAGCUUUUCAUCUUGCAUUCGUCAGGACAAUUCACAAGAACAUCAAUUUAAGGGGAAAACUGAUGUUCAGUCUGUUUGAGAAGAGAGUGGGAAUUACUUGACAAGUAGUCUAUGAUUGGUAGACCAUGGAGAAUGCACCAGAGCGAGAUGAUUCACAGUUAACUGCCAGGAUUUAUCUAAAUUUUAAACCAGGCAGGUUGACUUGAGAAAUGAACCAGUAAAUGGCUUGUGCAUUUUCAUGACAAUGCCUCUUUUAUGCUUUAUCUAUAAUAAUGGUCAUAGGUUUAGUAGUCUCAGUGCAGUUCUGAUGACUGGUGGAUCUGUUGUGCUGAGAGUGCAUAGAAAAUACAAUCAUAUCUGCUUAUGCUGUGUUUUGCGGGGUCAGGAAAAAAGAAAAAGGUGACUGUUUAGGUCACUCUAGACUGAUGGAACAAUCGAAAUAUGAGAGAUUGAACUAAGUUUUUGUCAUGUUCUUCCAUGGAAUGUGGGCAUUGCUGGCUAGGUAGGAAUGUGUUAUUCAUCCCUAAUUAUAUUUGGAAAGGUGGUGGUGAGCUGCCAUCUUGAAUUGUUGCAGUCCGUAUUGUAUGCGUACAUCCUCAGGGCUGUUACGAAGGAUGUUUGAAGAUUUUGGUUCAGCGAUGCUGAUGCAGUUUCAAGUAAAGAUGGUGUAUGCCUUGGAGGGGAACUUACAGGUGACAGUGUCAUCAUGUAUCGGCUGUCCUUGACCUUCCAGUUGUUGGAGGUCAUGGGCUUGGAAAUUGCUGUCAAAGUGUGAAUUUGUAAUCAACCUCUGGAAUCCAACAUUGCAAAAUUAGAGGAGAUUGAGCUUUGGCUGUGAAGGUAACCAAUGGUUUCAAUAUCUGUUGAGGAAAUGCUAUGCUAUAGAUCACAUUGGGUUAGCCCAAGAGUAUCUUGGUUUGAGUUUGGAGAGUGCACUUGCUGAAUUGGAAUCUCACCUGUUUCAGUGUACAACGUACAAGGACGGCUAAAGACUAUCACAACUACUCCAUCCAGGUAUAAAAUCAGAGAAGUAUACAGCACAGAAGGAGUCAAUUCAGUCCAUUGUGCCCAUAUUGGUUCUUUGACUAUGCCAUCCAGUUAUUCUUAUCUCCCUAUUGUUUCCCCAUUGCCCUGAAACUUUCACCCUUUCAAGAUUGUAUUUGAUUGUUUUCCUAACUUGCUGUGUAAAAGAAGCUUCAUCUUACAUUGGCUAAUAUAAAACAGACAGUUACCUGAAUCCUGUGACCUUUGGUCACUAACGUCUCUGUCAUAGAAAACAAUUUCACUUUAUUUCCUCUUUGAAAUCCAAUGUGAUUUGAAUAUCUCUGUUAAAUCUCCCCUUAACCUUUUGUACUCCAAGGAGAACAAUGCCAGUUUCUUCACUCUGUCUACAUCGCUGAACAAUUGAUCUAAUAAUCCAAGACAGGUAUUCUCCUGCAACAGGUUAAAAACAUUGGGGGAAAUUUUGGAGAAAUAAAAUUGGAAAGUUCUCCUUUGAGUUCCUAAAACAGUCAAAGAAAUUGCAUAGGUUGGCAGUGCAAUAGAUUCCUGGCUUCACCCUUGUAACAUUCCCUUUACAACUUUUAGGAUUGCUAAUUGAGCACUGAUGCACAAGAAUCUCAUAAAGUGGAAACAUGCACUCUAAAUCCAGAUUUAUAAAAUAAGCCCUUUGAUGUUUCCCUUCCUUCAGAUGAAAACUCAUUGAAUGAUAACUAAAUGUAUUCUCUUUCUAAAAUAUGGAAGAGUUGAUUUUGCAUACAUAUGUUUUUGUGGUGUUGGGUUUCAAUUUGAGAAAUGACCAUGCAGUGUGCUCAUGUUUGCUUUAGACAGCAAGUAGGCAAGGGUUCAAUCUGAAAAAUACACGUGCUGCCUUUAAGCAAAAGACCAUUGCUUAUGUCAUCAGGUUAGAUUUGGGUUAGCAGGUGCUGCAUUACUUAAAGAUAAAGUUCCAUUUUGUGUGCCAUUUUCAGAUGAGGGAAAAGUGACUGAUGGAAGCUGUCAUUGACGGCUCUUCCUCAUAGUUCACUUUGGGUCUGUCUGAAUGACUUGGCUGCAGAAUUCCUUACAGCCUCAGUGCAAACAUUAACAAUAGAGCUGAACUCAAGAGGCGAGGUGAGAGUGACUGCUGUUGACAUCAAGGAAACAUUGAGCAAAUGCGGCAUCCAAGAGUUCUAGAAGACUUGAAGUCAAUGGGAAUCAGGGGAAAAAAACCUACUGUUGCUUAGACUCAUAUUUAAAACAAAGAAAGGUGGUUGAUUGUUCCAGACCAACCAUCUUAACACAAGGACUUCACAGCAAGAGUUCCUCAGCAUAGCAUUCUAGAUCUGCUCAUCUUCCGCUGUGUCACCUUCCCUCCAUUCUACGAUCAGAUCCAGGAAUUAGAUUACUUUUUUAGAUUAGAUUAGAUUACUUAUAGUGUGGAAACAGGCCCUUCGGCCCAACAAGUCCACACCGACCCGCCGAAGCGUAACCCACCCAGAUCCAUUCCUCUACACUUACCCCUUCACCUAACACUACAGGCAAUUUAGCAUGGCCAAUUCACCUAACCUGCACAUUUUUGGAUUGUGUGAGGAAACCGAAGCACCCAGAGGAAACCCACGCAGACAUGGGGAGAAUGUGCAAACUCCACACAGUCAGUUGCCUGAGGCAGGAAUUGAACCCAGGUCUCUGGCGCUGUGAGGCAGUAGUGCUAACCACUAUGCUACCGUGCCACCCACAAAUGCCACCGUGCCGCCCACAAAUGUUUACUGAUCAUUGCACAAUGAUGUAUACCAUUCUUGACUCCUCGGGAAAUAAAACAAUCUGUUCCUAUAUUCAGCAAGACCGAAGGCUUUGAUAGAUAAUUGGCAAGUAACAAUUGCCAAGGACAUCCUCACUAUCAACUGUUUUUGACUCACCAUUGACCAGAAAUUGAAAUAGGCCAACUGUAGCUAAAAGAGACUGGGAAAUCUGCAGUGAGUAACAAUCUUCCUGACUCCCCCAAAUUCUUUGUACCAUCUGUAAGGCACAAGUCAGGAGUAUGAUGGAGUACUCUGCAGUUGCCUGAAUUAGUGCAGGUCUAAUUGUCAAAACAUUCAACACCAUCCAGGGUAAAGCAGCCGACUUGACUGUAAUUUUAUCCACUACCUUCAACAUUCACUCCCUCUAUCAAUAACUCAGUAACAAUUGUGUGCCCCAUCUGCAAGAUGCACUGCAGUAAUUCAUCAAUGCUUCUUUGACAACACCUUUCCAACAUACAUCUGCUUCCAAUAAGGAGGACAAGGUCAGCAGAUACAUUGGAACACCGCCAUCUGCAAAUUUACUUCAAAGCCACUCACCACCCUGACUUGGAAAAAUGGCAUUGUUCCUUCAGUGUCUCUAUGUCAAACCCCUGCAGCCCCCUCCCUAAUGUUAUUGGAGGUAUACCAAUGGCAAAUGGAGCCCAGAUGUUCAAGAAGGCAGCUCACCACCACUUUCAUGAGGGCAACUAGGAAUGGCCAAUAAAUGCUGGCUCAGCCAGCCGCACCCACAUCCCAAGACUGAAUAAUGAAACUCUCUCCCUGUGUGAUGACUCCUCCUGUUUCUAGUUGCACCCCACCAUCUGCAAGAGAGAGAGAGAGAACAAAGUGUGGCAAUGAAUUCUGUGACGGUUGUUUGGGUAGUGUAUGUAAAAUGGAAUGUGUGAGAGAGAGAUGUGGAAUGUUUGCAACUGUGUUAGUUGAUCUUACAGCCAUGUUUAAUCAUUGUCCCACUCUGUUUAUAUAGCCUCAUGUUGGACUUUGUUACAUAUGAUAAGGAUGGAUUUUAUGUAUUGCCAUUUACAAUGAAUUUGAUAAAUUUUAUCCCUAUUUUUAACCUUUUUUGUACAUAAUAGUUUAUCGAUAUUUGUAUUCAAUGGAAAAGUUAUAAGUCUGACUGAAGCCAUCCAUGUGAAGUGGAUAGUUCUAGGUCUUGUGUUGUUUUACUAUUCCUGCAUGCAUCUGCUGAAAUGGACAAGAAUGUUGUUUUUUAAAAAUAAAGUUUAUCAGAUUCCUAAA